AUGCAUUUUCAGUAUUCAUACUUAAUGUUGGUGACAUUUUUUAUUAAAUAUUCUUCAGGAUCUGGACUUCAUGGCCAAUGUGAUUUUGAUGAAGAUUGCGGAACCAUAGAUACACACUGCCAUAGCGGAAUUUGUUCGUGCAAACCAAACUUUAUUGUUUUGUUCGACAGCUGCAUACAAGUGACUACUCCACCAAUUCACUGUAGAAGAAAAGAAGAAUGUCAUCGGGCAUUGGGAUCAAGAAGUUUGUGUUCAAAAAACAAUAUUUGUGCUUGUAGAGCUUUUCAUCAUUUACACAACGGCCAGUGUGUAAAAAAUAGAGAUUUGCACGAAACCUGCGAGCACGACCAUCAAUGUUACUGUGGAGUGGACUGUGGCGAUAAAAUCGCGUGUAUAGCGCGCAACUGUACUUGUAAAACUGGACAUAGACCAUAUCGAAGUCGUCGAUGUAUAUUGACUGAACCCCUUCUUGUACAUCUGAAUAGUCCUUCUACAACGCCAAAAAUCAAGGACAUUCCUCUUCUGACUGUAACGCUUUUUCUUAUAAGACUAUAUUAU